AUGUGCGUUGGAGAGCUGACAGCAGGUACUAUGGAGCUGCAGGCUGUGCUGAUGGCAGCUGGAGGGGGCUCUCGCAUGACUGAUCUGACUUACAACACCCCCAAGCCAAUGUUACCUGUUGGCAACAAGCCCGUUAUCUGGUAUCCUCUGAAUCUACUGGAAAGAGUUGGAUUUGAAGAGGUAAUAGUUAUAACCACCAAAGAAGUCCAGAAGAUGAUGAGCACAGACCCUAAAAUAAAGGAGAUCAGAAUAAAACUUGAUGUGGUUUGUAUCCAAGAAGAUGGAGACAUGGGCACUGCAGACUCCCUGAGACACAUCCAGCAGAAAAUAAAGACGGACAUUUUGGUUCUGAGUUGUGACCUCAUAACCGAUGUGGCGCUUCACGAAGUGGUCGAUCUGUUCCGCGCGCACAACGCCACCAUGGCUAUGUUGAUGAGCAAGACACAUGAGUUCACAGAGACCGUCCCAGGACAGAAGGGGAAGAAGAAAGCAGCUGAGCAGAGGGACUUUGUAGGUGUGGAUCAUUCAGGCAAAAGGCUUCUCUUCAUGGCCAAUGAGGCAGAUCUGGAAGAUGGACUGUCAAUCAGGAAAUCCAUCAUGAGAAAACAUCCUCGUAUGCACAUCAAAACCGGGCUUGAAGACGCUCAUCUCUAUUGUCUCAAAAAGGCUGUGGUGGACUUUAUUACAGAAAACAAAUCAAUCUCAUCAAUUCGUGGUGAGUUAGUGCCUUAUCUAGUGCGAAAACAAUUUUCAAAAACCAUUAAUAAUUCAAAAAUGAAGGAAGACACUGAAGAUCAAAGCCAAAAGACCAGUGACUGCCUAGCUAGCCACGAGCUCCUGAUUUCAUCGCAGGACGAGUGUCUGCUUCAGCUGGCCCAGGAGCGCUCGUGCUGGAAUGACCACCGGGGCGAUAUGAGCGAGGCGUACCACGGGGGAAAGCUCCGCUGCUAUGUUCACAUAAUGGACCAGGGCCUAUGCUUUCGGGUCAAUACACUGGCUGCUUAUAUUGAGGCCAACAGACUGGCUCCAAAGUUGUUUGAAGAACCGGCAGUCCAUCCAUCUGCUGUUAUUUCUGAAAAAUGUCAGAUGGGCUCAGACAGUAUAAUCGGAGAGAAGUGCCAGAUUUCUGAUAAAACAUCCAUCAAGAGGACCAUGAUUGGAAACUACACUUCUAUUAAAGAGAAGGUCAAAGUUGCCAACUCCAUCAUCAUGCAUCAUGUCACGAUUGAAGAGGGAUGCAACAUUCAGGGAAGUGUGAUCUGCAGUAAUGCUGUGAUUGGGAGAGGAGCAGACCUUAAAUACUGUCUUGUUGGAAAUGGACAAAGCAUUGAUGCAGAAUCUGAGAGGACCAACGAGGUCAUCGUGGGAAGUGAUCAGCUCAUGGAAAUCUAA